AUGAUCGUACCACGUCAAUCCCGUGCCCCGACCGGUACACACCCCGUGCCCGGGUCCCCCCUUCAUAGUCACACCCCCUGCCCCCUCAUGCCAUCCGCUCCCCCCGCCCCCACCCUCCGCGUGCCCGCUCCCUUGCCGCCUUUUUUUACCCUCCCUGCCCCCCUCGCCGUUUCCCACCGCCCGCCAUUCGCUCCUCCCCGCCCGUGCGCUCCCCUCGUUUACCUUCUCCUCCCCCCUCCCCUCCUCUGCUGCACGCCUCUUCCUUCCCCUCGCCGACCCACUCCACUCCCUGCCCCUCCUCAAUCCGCACCCUGCCCCUCGUAUCUCGCCCCCCUAUGCUUGGUUUCUCCCCUCCCUGCCCCUCGCCGCCUUUCUCCGCUCCCCACCUCCCCCCUCUCCCUGCCCCCCCACUCUCCCCCCCUUGCCCUUGGCUUCCUACCUCCCUGCCCCACCUUUCCCCCCUCCGUGUGCUCAGCUUCUCCCCUCCCUGCCCCUCCCUCCUCCCCGCCCUGCCCCUCAUUUUCCGCCCCCCCACGCCCGGUUUCUCCCCUCCCCGCGCCUCCCUUUCUUUCUCCGUGCCUCUCCUUUGCUCCCUCCCUGCCCCCGCCUGCCCAUGCCCCUGUCUUUGGCUUCUCCCCUCCCUGCCCCACGUUUCUUCCCUCCCUGCCCCCCCUCUGCCCCUCCCUUGUUUUCCCCUCACCCAUUGCUUCUCCCCUCCCUGCCCUUGAUUUCCCGCACCCCUGCCCUUGUUUCCUACCAUCCAUGCCCCUCGUUUCCCCCCUUUGUACGUUCAGCCUCUUCCCUCCCUGCCCCUCCCCUCCUCCCCCCCUGCCCUUUGCGUUCCCCUCGUUAUGCUCCCUUCUCCCCAUCCCUGCUGCCCUCUUGCCACCAUCAGCCCAUCCGCACCACCAGCCCCCCUCCCACCCUUCUCUCCCCCCCUCCCUUUCCCUCUCUCUCUCUCUCUCUCUUUCUCACACACACACGCACACUCCCCUCCCCCACCCCCCACCCACGUCCUCCCAUUCCGCCCCUCCCUGCCCCUUUCCCACCCCCUCGCACGCCCCUCACCUCCCACCUCCGUGCAACUGGUUUCCCCCCUAUGGUGCCUCCCUUGCAUCGCUCGCCCCUCUGCUCACCCUCUGCCCGCCCCUUUUCCGUGCCCUCAGCUGGCCCAGCCCCUGCCCGUUGCUGCCCCUCCCCUUGCCCCCUCAACUCCCCUGCCCCCCGUACACCCCAGUCCCAUCCAACCGCCCCCACCCUCCCCCGGCUGCCCGUUUCCGCUCUCCACCCCCGCGACCGUUCACACCCCCUGCCUCCUCAUGCCAUCCGCUCCCCCCCGCCCCCACCCUCCGCGUGCCCGCUCCCUUGCCGCCUCUUUUGACCCUCCCUGCCCCCCUCGCCGUUUCCCACCGCCCGCCAUUCGCUCCUCCCCGCCCGUGCGCUCCCCUCGUUUACCUUCUCCUCCCCCCUCCCCUCCUCUGCUGCACGCCUCUUCCUUCCCCUCGCCGACCCACUCCACUCCCUGCCCCUCCUCAAUCCGCACCCUGCCCCUCGUAUCUCGCCCCCCUAUGCUUGGUUUCUCCCCUCCCUGCCCCUCGCCGCCUUUCUCCGCUCCCCACCUCCCCCCUCUCCCUGCUCCCCCACUCUCCCCCCCUUGCCCUUGGCUUCCUACCUCCCUGCCCCACCUUUCCCCCCUCCGUGUGCUCAGCUUCUCCCCUCCCUGCCCCUCCCUCCUCCCCGCCCUGCCCCUCAUUUUCCGCCCCCCCACGCCCGGUUUCUCCCCUCCCCGCGCCUCCCUUUCUUUCUCCGUGCCUCUCCUUUGCUCCCUCCCUGCCCCCGCCUGCCCAUGCCCCUGUCUUUGGCUUCUCCCCUCCCUGCCCCACGUUUCUUCCCUCCCUGCCCCCCCUCUGCCCCUCCCUUGUUUUCCCCUCACCCAUUGCUUCUCCCCUCCCUGCCCUUGAUUUCCCGCACCCCUGCCCUUGUUUCCUACCAUCCAUGCCCCUCGUUUCCCCCCUUUGUACGUUCAGCCUCUUCCCUCCCUGCCCCUCCCCUCCUCCCCCCCUGCCCUUUGCGUUCCCCUCGUUACGCUCCCUUCUCCCCAUCCCUGCUGCCCUCUUGCCACCAUCAGCCCAUCCGCACCACCAGCCCCCCUCCCACCCUUCUCUCCCCCCCUCCCUUUCCCUCUCUCUCUCUCUCUCUCUCUCUCUCUCUCUCUUUCUCACACACACACGCACACUCCCCUCCCCCACCCCCCACCCACAUCCUCCCAUUCUGCCCCUCCCUGCCCCUUUCCCACGCCCUCGCACGCCCCUCACCUCCCACCUCCGUGCAACUGGUUUCCCCCCUAUGGUGCCUCCCUUGCAUCGCUCGCCCCUCUGCUCACCCUCUGCCCGCCCCUUUUCCGUGCCCUCAGCUGGCCCAGCCCCUGCCCGUUGCUGCCCCUCCCGUUGCCCGCUCAACUCCCCUGCUCCCCGUACACCCCAGUCCCAUCCAACCGCCCCCACCCUCCCCCGGCUGCCCGUUUCCGCUCUUCACCCCCGCGACCGUGUGCGGCUUCCAACUGCCCAACGGUGGUGCGCACGGGGCGUUUCUUCGCACGGGCAAGCCUCCCCGGGGGGCCCCCACCCCGCUGAGUCGUUGUUCGGGUCACACCCCCUGCCCCCUCAUGCCAUCCGCUCCCCCCGCCCCCACCCUCCGCGUGCCCGCUCCCUUGCCGCCUCUUUUGACCCUCCCUGCCCCCCUCGCCGUUUCCCACCACCCGCCAUUCGCUCCUCCCCGCCCGUGCGCUCCCCUCGUUUACCUUCUCCUCCCCCCUCCCCUCCUCUGCUGCACGCCUCUUCCUUCCCCUCGCCGACCCACUCCACUCCCUGCCCCUCCUCAAUCCGCACCCUGCCCCUCGUAUCUCGCCCCCCUAUGCUUGGUUUCUCCCCUCCCUGCCCCUCGCCGCCUUUCUCCGCUCCCCACCUCCCCUCUCUCCCUGCCCCUCCACUCUCCCCCCCUUGCCCUUGGCUUCCUACCUCCCUGCCCCACCUUUUCCCCCUCCGUGUGCUCAGCUUCUCCCCUCCCUGCCCCUCCCUCCUCCCUGCCCUGCCCCUCAUUUUCCGCCCCCCCACGCCCGGUUUUCUCCCCUCCCCGCGCCUCCCUUUCUUUCUCCGUGCCUCUCCUUUGCUCCCUCCCUGCCCCCGCCUGCCUAUGCCCCUGUCUUUGGCUUCUCCCCUCCCUGCCCCACGUUUCUUCCCUCCCUGCCCCCCCUCUUCCCCUCCCUUGUUUUCCCCUCACCCAUUGCUUCUCCCCUCCCUGCCCUUGAUUUCCCGCACCCCUGCCCUUGUUUCCUACCAUCCAUGCCCCUCGUUUCCCCCCUUUGUACGUUCAGCCUCUUCCCUCCCUGCCCCUCCCCUCCUCCCCCCCUGCCCUUUGCGUUCCCCUCGUUACGCUCCCUUCUCCCCAUCCCUGCUGCCCUCUUGCCACCAUCAGCCCAUCCGCACCACCAGCCCCCCUCCCACCCUUCUCUCCCCCCCUCCCUUUCCCUCUCUCUCUCUCUCUCUCUCUCUCUCUCUCUCUCUUUCUCACACACACACGCACACUCCCCUCCCCCACCCCCCACCCACGUCCUCCCAUUCCGCCCCUCCCUGCCCCUUUCCCACCCCCUCGCACGCCCCUCACCUCCCACCUCCGUGCAACUGGUUUCCCCCCUAUGGUGCCUCCCUUGCAUCGCUCGCCCCUCUGCUCACCCUCUGCCCGCCCCUUUUCCGUGCCCUCAGCUGGCCCAGCCCCUGCCCGUUGCUGCCCCUCCCGUUGCCCCCUCAACUCCCCUGCCCCCCGUACACCCCAGUCCCAUCCAACCGCCCCCACCCUCCCCCGGCUGCCCGUUUCCGCUCUCCACCCCCGCGACCGUUCACACCCCCUGCCUCCUCAUGCCAUCCGCUCCCCCCCGCCCCCACCCUCCGCGUGCCCGCUCCCUUGCCGCCUCUUUUGACCCUCCCUGCCCCCCUCGCCGUUUCCCACCGCCCGCCAUUCGCUCCUCCCCGCCCGUGCGCUCCCCUCGUUUACCUUCUCCUCCCCCCUCCCCUCCUCUGCUGCACGCCUCUUCCUUCCCCUCGCCGACCCACUCCACUCCCUGCCCCUCCUCAAUCCGCACCCUGCCCCUCGUAUCUCGCCCCCCUAUGCUUGGUUUCUCCCCUCCCUGCCCCUCGCCGCCUUUCUCCGCUCCCCACCUCCCCCCUCUCCCUGCUCCCCCACUCUCCCCCCCUUGCCCUUGGCUUCCUACCUCCCUGCCCCACCUUUCCCCCCUCCGUGUGCUCAGCUUCUCCCCUCCCUGCCCCUCCCUCCUCCCCGCCCUGCCCCUCAUUUUCCGCCCCCCCACGCCCGGUUUCUCCCCUCCCCGCGCCUCCCUUUCUUUCUCCGUGCCUCUCCUUUGCUCCCUCCCUGCCCCCGCCUGCCCAUGCCCCUGUCUUUGGCUUCUCCCCUCCCUGCCCCACGUUUCUUCCCUCCCUGCCCCCCCUCUGCCCCUCCCUUGUUUUCCCCUCACCCAUUGCUUCUCCCCUCCCUGCCCUUGAUUUCCCGCACCCCUGCCCUUGUUUCCUACCAUCCAUGCCCCUCGUUUCCCCCCUUUGUACGUUCAGCCUCUUCCCUCCCUGCCCCUCCCCUCCUCCCCCCCUGCCCUUUGCGUUCCCCUCGUUACGCUCCCUUCUCCCCAUCCCUGCUGCCCUCUUGCCACCAUCAGCCCAUCCGCACCACCAGCCCCCCUCCCACCCUUCUCUCCCCCCCUUUCCCUCUCUCUCUCUCUCUCUCUCUCUCUCUCUCUCUCUCUCUCUCUCUCUUUCUCACACACACACGCACACUCCCCUCCCCCACCCCCCACCCACGUCCUCCCAUUCCGCCCCUCCCUGCCCCUUUCCCACCCCCUCGCACGCCCCUCACCUCCCACCUCCGUGCAACUGGUUUCCCCCCUAUGGUGCCUCCCUUGCAUCGCUCGCCCCUCUGCUCACCCUCUGCCCGCCCCUUUUCCGUGCCCUCAGCUGGCCCAGCCCCUGCCCGUUGCUGCCCCUCCCCUUGCCCCCUCAACUCCCCUGCCCCCCGUACACCCCAGUCCCAUCCAACCGCCCCCACCCUCCCCCGGCUGCCCGUUUCCGCUCUCCACCCCCGCGACCGUGUGCGGCUUCCAACCGCCCAACGGUGGUGCGCACGGGGCGUUUUCUUCGCACGGGCAAGCCUCCCCGGGGGGCCCCCACCCCGCUGAGUCGUUUCACACCCCCUGCCUCCUCAUGCCAUCCGCUCCCCCCCGCCCCCACCCUCCGCGUGCCCGCUCCCUUGCCGCCUCUUUUGACCCUCCCUGCCCCCCUCGCCGUUUCCCACCGCCCGCCAUUCGCUCCUCCCCGCCCGUGCGCUCCCCUCGUUUACCUUCUCCUCCCCCCUCCCCUCCUCUGCUGCACGCCUCUUCCUUCCCCUCGCCGACCCACUCCACUCCCUGCCCCUCCUCAAUCCGCACCCUGCCCCUCGUAUCUCGCCCCCCUAUGCUUGGUUUCUCCCCUCCCUGCCCCUCGCCGCCUUUCUCCGCUCCCCACCUCCCCCCUCUCCCUGCUCCCCCACUCUCCCCCCCUUGCCCUUGGCUUCCUACCUCCCUGCCCCACCUUUCCCCCCUCCGUGUGCUCAGCUUCUCCCCUCCCUGCCCCUCCCUCCUCCCCGCCCUGCCCCUCAUUUUCCGCCCCCCCACGCCCGGUUUCUCCCCUCCCCGCGCCUCCCUUUCUUUCUCCGUGCCUCUCCUUUGCUCCCUCCCUGCCCCCGCCUGCCCAUGCCCCUGUCUUUGGCUUCUCCCCUCCCUGCCCCACGUUUCUUCCCUCCCUGCCCCCCCUCUGCCCCUCCCUUGUUUUCCCCUCACCCAUUGCUUCUCCCCUCCCUGCCCUUGAUUUCCCGCACCCCUGCCCUUGUUUCCUACCAUCCAUGCCCCUCGUUUCCCCCCUUUGUACGUUCAGCCUCUUCCCUCCCUGCCCCUCCCCUCCUCCCCCCCUGCCCUUUGCGUUCCCCUCGCUACGCUCCCUUCUCCCCAUCCCUGCUGCCCUCUUGCCACCAUCAGCCCAUCCGCACCACCAGCCCCCCUCCCACCCUUCUCUCCCCCCCUCCCUUUCCCUCUCUCUCUCUCUCUCUCUCUUUCUCACACACACACACGCACACUCCCCUCCCCCACCCCCCACCCACGUCCUCCCAUUCCGCCCCUCCCUGCCCCUUUCCCACCCCCUCGCACGCCCCUCACCUCCCACCUCCGUGCAACUGGUUUCCCCCCUAUGGUGCCUCCCUUGCAUCGCUCGCCCCUCUGCUCACCCUCUGCCCGCCCCUUUUCCGUGCCCUCAGCUGGCCCAGCCCCUGCCCGUUGCUGCCCCUCCCGUUGCCCGCUCAACUCCCCUGCUCCCCGUACACCCCAGUCCCAUCCAACCGCCCCCACCCUCCCCCGGCUGCCCGUUUCCGCUCUCCACCCCCGCGACCGUGUGCGGCUUCCAACCGCCCAACGGUGGUGCGCACGGGGCGUUUCUUCGCACGGGCAAGCCUCCCCGGGGGGCCCCCACCCCGCUGAGUCGUUUCACACCCCCUGCCUCCUCAUGCCAUCCGCUCCCCCCCGCCCCCACCCUCCGCGUGCCCGCUCCCUUGCCGCCUCUUUUGACCCUCCCUGCCCCCCUCGCCGUUUCCCACCGCCCGCCAUUCGCUCCUCCCCGCCCGUGCGCUCCCCUCGUUUACCUUCUCCUCCCCCCUCCCCUCCUCUGCUGCACGCCUCUUCCUUCCCCUCGCCGACCCACUCCACUCCCUGCCCCUCCUCAAUCCGCACCCUGCCCCUCGUAUCUCGCCCCCCUAUGCUUGGUUUCUCCCCUCCCUGCCCCUCGCCGCCUUUCUCCGCUCCCCACCUCCCCCCUCUCCCUGCUCCCCCACUCUCCCCCCCUUGCCCUUGGCUUCCUACCUCCCUGCCCCACCUUUCCCCCCUCCGUGUGCUCAGCUUCUCCCCUCCCUGCCCCUCCCUCCUCCCCGCCCUGCCCCUCAUUUUCCGCCCCCCCACGCCCGGUUUCUCCCCUCCCCGCGCCUCCCUUUCUUUCUCCGUGCCUCUCCUUUGCUCCCUCCCUGCCCCCGCCUGCCCAUGCCCCUGUCUUUGGCUUCUCCCCUCCCUGCCCCACGUUUCUUCCCUCCCUGCCCCCCCUCUGCCCCUCCCUUGUUUUCCCCUCACCCAUUGCUUCUCCCCUCCCUGCCCUUGAUUUCCCGCACCCCUGCCCUUGUUUCCUACCAUCCAUGCCCCUCGUUUCCCCCCUUUGUACGUUCAGCCUCUUCCCUCCCUGCCCCUCCCCUCCUCCCCCCCUGCCCUUUGCGUUCCCCUCGUUACGCUCCCUUCUCCCCAUCCCUGCUGCCCUCUUGCCACCAUCAGCCCAUCCGCACCACCAGCCCCCCUCCCACCCUUCUCUCCCCCCCUCCCUUCCCUCUCUCUCUCUCUCUCUCUCUCUCUCUCUCUCUCUCUUUCUCACACACACACGCACACUCCCCUCCCCCACCCCCCACCCACAUCCUCCCAUUCUGCCCCUCCCUGCCCCUUUCCCACGCCCUCGCACGCCCCUCACCUCCCACCUCCGUGCAACUGGUUUCCCCCCUAUGGUGCCUCCCUUGCAUCGCUCGCCCCUCUGCUCACCCUCUGCCCGCCCCUUUUCCGUGCCCUCAGCUGGCCCAGCCCCUGCCGUUGCUGCCCCUCCCCUUGCCCCCUCAACUCCCCUGCCCCCCGUACACCCCAGUCCCAUCCAACCGCCCCCCACCCUCCCCCGGCUGCCCGUUUCCGCUCUCCACCCCCGCGACCGUUCACACCCCCUGCCUCCUCAUGCCAUCCGCUCCCCCCCCGCCCCCACCCUCCGCGUGCCCGCUCCCUUGCCGCCUCUUUUGACCCUCCCUGCCCCCCUCGCCGUUCCCACCGCCCGCCAUUCGCUCCUCCCCGCCCGUGCGCUCCCCUCGUUUACCUUCUCCUCCCCCCUCCCCUCCUCUGCUGCACGCCUCUUCCUUCCCCUCGCCGACCACUUCCACUCCCUGCCCCUCCUCAAUCCGCACCCUGCCCCUCGUAUCUCGCCCCCCUAUGCUUGCUUCUCCCCUCCCUGCCCCUCCCUCCUCCCCGCCCUGCCCCUCAUUUUCCGCCCCCCCACGCCGGUUUCUCCCCUCCCCGCGCCUCCCUUUCUUUCUCCGUGCCUCUCCUUUGCUCCCUCCCUGCCCCCGCCUGCCCAUGCCCCUGUCUUUGGCUUCUCCCCUCCCUGCCCCACGUUUCUUCUCUCCCUGCCCCCCCUCUGCCCCUCCCUUGUUUUCCCCUCACCCAUUGCUUCUCCCCUCCCUGCCCUUGAUUUCCCGCACCCCUGCCCUUGUUUCCUACCAUCCAUGCCCCUCGUUUCCCCCCUUUGUACGUUCAGCCUCUUCCCUCCCUGCCCCUCCCCUCCUCCCCCCCUGCCCUUUGCGUUCCCCUCAUUACGCUCCCUUCUCCCCAUCCCUGCUGCCCUCUUGCCACCAUCAGCCCAUCCGCACCACCAGCCCCCCUCCCACCCUUCUCUCCCCCCCUCCCUUUCCCUCUCUCUCUCUCUCUCUCUCUCUCUCUCUCUCUCUUUCUCACACACACACGCACACUCCCCUCCCCCACCCCCCACCCACGUCCUCCCAUUCCGCCCCUCCCUGCCCCUUUCCCACCCCCUCGCACGCCCCUCACCUCCCACCUCCGUGCAACUGGUUUCCCCCCUAUGGUGCCUCCUUGCAUCGCUCGCCCCUCUGCUCACCCUCUGCCCGCCCCCUUUUCCGUGCCCUCAGCUGGCCCAGCACCUGCCCGUUGCUGCCCCUCCCCUUGCCCCCUCAACUCCCCCUGCCCCCGUACACCCCAGUCCCAUCCAACCGCCCCCACCCUCCCCCGGCUGCCCGUUCCGCUCUCCAACCCCCGCGACCGUGUGCGGCUUCCAACCGCCCAACGGUGGUGCGCACGGGGCGUUUCUUCGCACCGGGCAAGCCUCCCCGGGGGGGCCCCACCCCGCUGAGUCGUU